AUGGUCAGAGGAAAUUCCACCCUGGUGACAGAAUUUGUUCUCUUGGGAUUAACAGAUCGUCCAGAGCUUCAGCCCAUCCUCUUUGUGCUGUUUCUGGUGAUCUAUUUGAUCACUGUGGGGGGGAACCUUGGGAUGUUGGUAUUGAUCAGGAUAGAUUCACGCCUCCAUACCCCCAUGUACUACUUUCUUGCCAGUUUGUCUUGCUUGGAUUUGUGCUAUUCCACGAAUGUGACUCCCAAGAUGUUGGUGAACUUCGUAUCAGAGAAGAAAACCAUUUCCUAUGCUGCUUGUUUAGUCCAGUGUUAUUUCUUCAUUGCCAUGGUUAUUACUGAAUAUUACAUGCUAGCCGUAAUGGCUUAUGAUAGAUACAUGGCCAUCUGUAACCCUUUGCUUUACAGCAGCAAGAUGUCCAGAGGGAUAUGUAUUCGCCUGAUUGUUGGUCCAUAUGUCUAUGGGUUCCUUAGUGGCCUGAUGGAAAAUAUGUGGACCUACCGCUUGACCUUCUGUGACUCCAGUAUUAUUAAUCACUUCUACUGUGCUGACCCUCCUCUUAUCCAGCUCUCCUGCUCUGACACUUUCAUUAAGGAGACAUCCAUGUUUAAAAUGCUCAAUUUCACCGAUGUGACAGAGUUUAUUCUUUUGGGACUAACCAGUCGUCAGGAAUGGCAAGUCCUCUUCUUCAUCAUUUUUCUUAUGGUCUAUGUUGUCACCGUGGUAGGCAAUAUUGGCAUGAUCAUGUUAAUUAAGGUCAGUCCACAGCUUAACAGCCCCAUGUACUUUUUCCUCAGUCAUUUGUCAUUUGUGGAUGUCUGGUUUUCUUCCAAUGUGACCCCCAAAAUGUUGGAAAAUCUGUUAUCAGAAACAAAAACUAUUUCUUACGCCGGUUGUUUGGUACAGUGUUUCUUCUUCAUUGCCCUCGUCCAUGUAGAAGUUUUCAUUCUUGCUGUGAUGGCCUUUGAUAGGUACAUGGCAAUUGGGAAACCUCUGCUGUAUGGCAGCAAAAUGUCUAGGGUGGUCUGUAUGCGACUGAUUUCUUUCCCUUACAUAUAUGGUUUUCUGACUAGUCUGGCUGCAACCCUGUGGACAUAUGGCAUGUCCUUUUGUGGGAAUAUUGAGAUCAAUCACUUCUACUGUGCAGACCCACCUCUCAUCAAAAUGGCAUGUGCUGGGACUCUAGUAAAAGAAUAUACAAUGACCAUUCUUGGAGGCAUCAAUGUGACAUAUUCUCUGGCUGUGGUGACUAUUUCUUAUCUGUUCAUUCUCAUUGCCAUUCUACGGAUGCACUCAGCGGAAGGGAGGCGAAAGGCCUUUUCCACCUGUGGCUCCCACUUGACAGCAGUCAUCAUAUUUUAUGGGACACUCAUGUUCAUGUAUCUCAGGCCACCCACAGAUGAGUCCUUGGAGCAGGGGAAAAUGGUGGCUGUGUUUUACACCACAGUGAUCCCCAUGCUGAAUCCCAUGAUCUACAGUCUGAGGAACAAGAGUGUGAAAGGAGCCAUGAGUAAAGUGAUCAGGAGAACAUGUUUAACAAAAUAA